AUGUCAGGUGUUUCAGAAAAUGUUUCCUCCCAAGCUUCUCGCGGAACCAAAAGGAAAUGGGUUCCGGAAGAAGAUGCAGCAUUGGUUUCCUGCAUGGUCGACUUGCACAAUGUUGGAACCUUUAAUGCUGAUACGGGGUUCAAAGCCGGUUAUUUAAAUGAGUUGGAAAAAAUGUUAGAAAAGGCUUUACCCAAUGGAAUGUUGAAGGCUAAACCUAAUAUAGAAUCGAGGAUUAGGUUACUAAAAAGGGAUUGGUCAAUCGUGUAUGACAUGCUUAAUGGUCAAAACAAUAGCGGUUUUGGUUGGGACGAGCAUAGGCAGCUCGUUGUUGCUGAAGAUGCGGUUUGGAACUCUUAUUUAAAUAGUCAUAAAGAAGCCGGUCAAUUCAGACAUCGUAGUUUCCCUUACUACGACCAACUUACAACCAUCUACGCACGAGAUCGAGCGACUGGUAAAGAUGCUCAAACAGCUGCUGAUGUUAUUGAAGAAAUAAAUGCUCAAACAACUGCUGAUGUACCUACUACAGAUAUUAAUGAAGAAAGAAACGAAUUCUAUGACUGCGAAGCUGAUGUCUCUUUGGAUGACAUGGAUGUUUCUGCUACGGAGCCGCAACCAGGUAGAAACCAAUGAGGUUCCUCAUCUUCAAAGAAGAAAAAGAAGAAUUAUGAUGCAAGUGAAAAUAUUUCUUCUUCAUUUAACGAGGCUGCCACUUUAUUGGCGGAAAACAUGCGGGCCAUUGGUGAACAAAUCAGUAGGAGUAUUGCCUCCGAUGUUGUAGUUCAAAAGAAGUCAGAAGAAUUCCAGAUCAUCCAAGAGAAAGCUACAAAUUUAUAUUCAACCUUAUGUGAAAUUGAAGGUUUAACCGUGGAUGAGCAGUAUCGAGUUUUGAGUAAAAUUCCAGAUCAUCCAACUCAAAUGCUAGUUUUCUUUAGUUUACCUUCUGAUGCGC